CGAGGCCCCGCCCCGCUGCCCGCACUGCGCCGGGCGGCGCUGCCCGCAGGUGGGGGCCGCGUUCCGCGCGUCGUCCCCCGCGUGGGUGCGCGGCGGCGGGGCCGGGGGCUUUGCGGAGCAUGAAGGUGAAGGUGAUCUCGGUGCUGGAGGACAACUACAUGUACCUGGUGAUCGACGAGAGCACCCGGGACGCGGUCGCGGUGGACGCCGCCGUCCCCAAGCGGCUGCUGGAGAUCGUCCGCAAGGAGGAUGCUGUGCUCCGCGCCGUCCUCAGCACCCACCACCACUGGGACCACGCGCGGGGCAACGAGGAGCUGGUCAGGCUGUGCCCGGGGCUGCGGGUGUACGGUGCGGACGAGCGCAUCGGGGCCUUAACGCACCGCGUGGCCCCCGACGAGGAGCUGACGUUCGGAGCCAUCCGCGUGCGGUGCCUCUUCACCCCGUGCCACACUUCGGGCCACAUGUGCUACUUCAUGUGGGAGGACGGCUCCCCGGAUGCGCCGGCGCUGUUCUCAGGUGACACGCUGUUCGUGGGGGGCUGCGGGCGGUUCCUGGAGGGGACAGCGGAGCAGAUGUACGCCAACUUCACCCAGGUGCUGGGGGCUCUGCCCAAGGAGACGAAGGUGUUCUGUGGCCACGAGUGCACGGUCCGGAACCUGAAGUUUGCCCUCAAAGUGGAACCAGAGAACGAAGCGGUGAAGAAGAAACUGGCUUGGGCCAAACAGCGGGACGAUGAGGAUCUGCCCACGGUGCCCUCCACGCUGCAGGAGGAGUUCCUCUACAACCCCUUCCUCAGGGUCACGGAGGAGGCUGUGCAGAAGUUCACAGGCAGGAAGGAGCCACUGGAAGUGCUGCGGGCUCUACGCACCGAGAAGGACAACUUCAAGAAGCCCAAGGAGCGGCCCCAUCCCCAGGCCAUGCUCGCUUUCGACUGGGGGCUCUUCGCCCCCUUCCUGGAGAAGAAGUGAGGCUGCACCGCCCCGCCACGCAGGGGCCCUCGGAGCGGAGGCACCCACUGGGCCCUGCUGCCCAAAACCCACAGCGCUGCACGGAGCUCUGCACACGGAUGGCCCCAGUCAGGUGUCCCCGAGCCUCAGGGACGGGGCAGGGACCCAGGGACUGCACCACUCCGCGUCCGUUACAUUUCUCUUUCCCAAGGUAGAGCACAGGAAGGCUGUUGCAUGAAGCGUUCACGUUGCCGUGUCUCUGGGAUAGCAGCUCCCACGCGCUGCAGCUUGCAGUGUGUGCAAAAUCAGCACCGUUGCGCAAAACCGAUAUUGCGUUUUUUAAUUUUUUUUUUUUUUUAAUUUAAAGUCUGAGAAAAGCGUGGAGCUUUUUGCUGGGGUGUUGCACUACGAAACGGAGCGGUGCCGCUUUCUCUUUGAGGGCAGGCAGGCAGGGCGUGCUGCUGGCUCUGUGCGUGGCUGCGGGGCAGCCCGUAGCUCUGCCUUCCUUUACCUCAGCUGUGCAAAGUGCCGUGACGCACGGGGCGGCGUCGCUGAGCUCAGGCUGAAAUGCAAACAGUGGAGAAAAUGGAGGAGACGGGCCCCGAAUCCCGCACACCGUGCGGUGGCUUUUUGGACUGUGCUGAUACAAAGCUGCUGACACUGGAAUAGAACCGACUUCAGAAUCUUCCGUGCAUGGACUGUGAAUAGCAUCCAUUAGCACCGAACCUGGUUUGUGGCAUUUCUUCCCUUGCUAGAAACUUGACUGAGGUUUGCUUUCUCUGCAUUUUUUUUUUUUUUUUUAACGUUACGUUGUUAAAAUCUACUCUUCCCUCCAGGAGGGGGAGGAUCAGUCCUGCUGCACAAGCUGCCUCAGUGCUGUUGCCUCAGAGAUGCUCUCAGGGUGCAGCUGCAGGCGAUGCCAACAGGCCGCUGUCACUGGGCACUGCCCGGUGCUUUGCUGCGAGCAGGGAUGCACUGGGGUGCCUGGGCAGGGAUCCUGGCCUGGCUCUGGGCUUGCUCACGUUGGCAGCACCUGUGCGCAGCUCAAAGGUGAAAUCUGAGCUAUUCUUGAUCCCGUGGUGAGAACGAAUACCUGGGAGAGCUGCACCGGGUGCAUUUGGUAACCUGGGCACUGGAGAAGGCACAGUGAAUGUGGGUCCUUGGUGGUUUAACCUGCAGCUCAUCCAGCUGUACUGAAUGGUGCACUUCUGGCUGGACGUGCAUGUUCUCAGCAGAAACAGAAUGUGUUUCUUUUGCACUGAUGUACAAAGUUUAUGGACUCAGCACUUCAGCGUACUGGACUUAGUUUGCAUUGGCACUGGCCUCUCUCUCUCUUGCUGUAGACAGAAAUGUUAUGGUUUAGCAUAGCACUGUGUGUUACAGAACUACACAUGGAAAAGAGCAUUGAGCGCAACCACUGCUGGUAAAAUGAGCAGGGAAGGGACGGGGGAGCAGAGGGAGGUUGUUGCCUUAUCAACACUGUGAAUCCACUAAUUGAUCAGCAGCGCCUGAAACAUGUAAAGCCUUUAAUUAAAACCACUGCAAUUGUCUUUUA